UUUAGGGUUGAAAAAACGGGGUUUACCUAGACACCCAAUGCUUCGAAAUGUCUACCAGAUUGCUGCUAAGCAUGUCCUUAAACAGAGGCUACUGAAAAAUGCUUUUUCCUCCGACAGUCAGAAGAACAAUUUCCGUGCAUUGAACUGUCACUUUCGGACUGUCCACUCUGAGAGAGAGGUGGGAACUUUUCAAAAUAGUACAUCAUAUGAUAUUCCGAAUGAGGUCAAUGACAUAUCUAAGGAAGCAGAAACAGAUGAAAAUGAGAAUGAACAUAUCAGCAGAACUGAGGAAACUGGCGUCACAUCUGAUCCAAUCGCACUACGUGCUUAUCAAAAAGAAUGCAUUUCCUCUAUAGUCAGUACUCUCUCAUCAGGAGAAGAAAAAAAAAUAGCUGUUUCCAUUGCAACUGGUGGAGGGAAAACAGUCAUUUUUUCCAUGGCAAUACCUGAAAUAUUAAAAGUAUCAAGAUUUGAAGGAGAUGAUGCUAAUGGAGCUCUUAUUCUUGUACAUCGACGAGAAUUGGCUAACCAAACUAUAAAAACUAUACAGCAACUUGAAAUUGUCGAUGAUGAUCGAAUUUUUUUAGACAUGGGAAAGAACAAGCUAGACAUUACAAGGACAUUUAAAGAUCCACGCCCAUUCAUUAUUGUUGGAAGUGUUCCGACUCUUGCUCGAAUGGAGUGUAGUCGGGUGGCUGACUACAACAUGGAUAGAUUUAAAGCUGUAAUUGUUGAUGAAUGCCAUCAUUCUGUAAGUACGAGCUACAAAAAGCUGUUCAGAGCCUUUCGUUGCUCCAAAGAUCAGCCUGAUAAACGAGGUCCAUUUUUACUUGGCUUUACUGCUACAAUGGCCAGAACUGAUCGAGUUCCUUUGAGAAAAGUGUUUGAUAAAAUUGUAUUUGAGAAGAAGAUUGCUUCCCUUAUCGAAGAAAAUCAUCUAUGUGAUUUUGACUGGCUACGCAUAGAACUAGGUUUAAAUCUUCAAGACGUCGAAAUCAAAGGCGGUGACUUUUUUCUUGACUCAUUAGCCAAACAUAUCAAUACCAACGAAAUUAACGUUAUUGUACUAAAAACAUACUUGAAACUCAAGAAACAGUUUCCUAACAACAUGAACUCGCUAUUAGCAUUUUGUGUUAAUGUUGCGCAUAUGCAGACAUUGUCUCGGUUAUUUAGAGAAAACGGCAUUAAUGCCCAAUAUGUUAGCGGAGAGACUAAAAAUAGUGAGCGUGAUAGUAUUGUUGCUGACUUCAGAAAUGGUGAGAUACCCGUUCUAUUUAAUUGUGGUGUUUUCACAGAGGGUACAGAUAUUCCAAAUAUAGAUUCCAUUUUUUUGUUGAGACCCACAAAAUCCAAACCCUUGUUAAUACAGAUGAUUGGUAGAGGACUGCGAUUAUCCGAAGGGAAGGAAAAGUUGCUCGUAACAGAUUUCGUCGAUAGCAAAUCUUUGGGAUUAUCCUUGAGCUCGACUUUGGGUGGGAAACCUGAUGUGCUAAGUUUAAUGAGUUCUCUAGGCUCGUCAGGAUUCAAUAGAAGAGACGAAAUGUUACCUGGGGAUAUCGACUAUAUUAAGUUUACAAACUAUAAGGGUAUUGAGAUGUUGUAUGAUGAGAAUAGAAGAAAGAAUUCACCACCAUAUGAGCUACUCAAAAAUAUGAAAAGGCUAAAUUCUUCAGGAACUUUAGGUCACUGGACUCAGGUAAAGUUUGAUACAUGGGCCACUUCCAGUGGCUACAAAUCAUAUUUCAAAAUAGAAAUCACCAAAACAGCCGAAUACAAAGCAUCUCAUUAUUUUACCAAAGUUGGAGCACACAAUGAAUCUAGGCUCAUAAUUAACAAAGUUUGCGAAAAUAAGGAUUUUGCUUCAAUAACGAACUGUGUUGCUGACUACAUCAACACGCAUGACUAUAUCAAAUCAGAGAUGAACGCUGUUAGACAAAGAGAAAAUAAUAUGAAGCACCAGCCCAUCACAAAAACACAAACCAGUUUUAUUAGCCAAGUAGUGCCACCAAUAGUGGAAAAGUCACAGUCAGAUGCAUUAGAUUACCAGAAGUUCUUGAAACUUUUUGGUGCAAAAGUAACCGGUAUGUCUAGAUGGGAUGCUUAUACAUUGAUUUUUGCAUAUACGGUAGCAAGAAAGCAAGCGGUGCUGCUAUGGCUUAAAGAAGCAUUCCUAAAAACGAAGGAGAAAAGGGCUUUGAUAACAAAAGAAUCUUUUUUGAAGGAGAGGCAAAAGUUGGUCGAUGAAGGUUGGGCUUAAUUGUAUCAUGAAAGUAAUACAUAUCAUCUUUUAUAUACCUUAAAAAUGUGAACGCUUACGUAAUAAUUAAACAGGAG